AAAAAUCGACUUUGAGUUUGAACUUGUACAUUCAUGGUGAAAUUUGGAGGCAAAAGGCUAAGCAUAUUAUUUUUGAGAAAUUAUUAAAUUUUUCAACGUAUUAAUUUAAUUUGCCAGAUAAACGAGAAUUUAACUGGAAUUUUAAUGUUUAUUUAAUCUUUACAUAGGUUUAUAGUGGAAUGUCUUCCAUUAUAAAGUGUGCUUAUUAAAGCCGAAUUCAUGGACGUUUUCAUAGGUUCUUGGUCUUAAUAUUUUGAAAUUCGAAGUAGCCUCAUAAAUUUUCCUCUGGAUGAAUAAUCUGCAAAAUGUCGGGUGAUUCUUCUUUUGGUAUUUCCAAUGUAGAAGCUGCACUGUCCUCAUCUAAUGAUUCAGAUAAAGCGAACGAGAGCUUUGACGAUGUGUCGCAGAAGACCAAUUCACAGUCAGACCUUUCGGCGGCGGAGCUUGCAAAAUGGAGAGCGGAUUAUGAGAAACGGGUGAAUAAUCUGUUAGCGACCUUGGGGGAUGAUGGUUUGGACCAGUCUCUGCCCGAAUGGACGGGCAACAGUCGCACGUCAAGAUGGCGGCAACCGAGGAACCAGAAUGGCGGCGGUGCUGCGAUGUCUAGCGAGCACUUCAACGUGACCGAGAACGAUUCGAUCGACGCCGUUGAAGAGGAAAUACGCAGUCGUCGACGACCGUUCUCGAACGGCCAACGAUGUAAAUCGUCGGCUGUCGACGUGGCCGCUGCGUAUAACGACACCACGGACGACGAAAACGCGCCGGUCGUGUAUAAGAAACCGCUACCGUUCGCCCAACGUCGGCAGACCGCUAGGAAACCGUCCGUUGUCGAUCCAAACGCUUUCAACGAAUCGCACAGCUCCGUAGAGGAGGAGAGACCAGUGAGGCGUACUAGAGGAGGCUUUUCAAAACGAUCCAAGCCGAUUCCCAAUCCGGAGUUCUUCAAUUCAGCCACCUUGGAUGAGUCGGUGGUGGUCGAGGCCAAAGCUAAGAAGUUCACGAGAUCUGCCAGGCAGGUGACAGAGGCUAAUAUGAAGGCGUUCGAGGUAACCGAUGACGAAGAAGAAGAAGAGGAAGAUGUUGGAGGAGAAGAUGAGAGAGAAAAAGAAACUAGAGGGGGAGAAGGUGAUAAGGAAGGCAAUAGAGCAACAGAAACUAAAGGAGGAGAGGAAGAUAGGGAAGGAAAAGGAACCACAGAAGAAGAAAAAGGAAAAGAAAACACAGAAUUAGAGGAAGGGAGUGAAUUCGUGCUGGAAUUGGACGAGGAAGGUAGUGUUGAUAAAGUAGGAGAGGAAACGAGAAACUCGAUGGAUGAGUCGGAUGAAUCUGAGGCAGAAGAAGGAGGGGGCAAUAAGAGUGUGUCACUAGUGAUCCAAUCUGACGGGGAAGUUGGGGGUGAGGAUUCCCUAGAUGAAGAGGUUGACGAGGAUGGUGAAGAAGAGCGGAAAGAGGAAAAACAGGUGGUGGGAAGUGCAAAAUCAGGGGGGAAAGGAGAUCAGAAUAAAAUUCAACAAAAAAAUCGUGAUGGUGGGGUAGGUAGCUCUAACGAACAAUCCAGUCUACUCUUGGAAUACCACUUGUCUACCGAAAACCAUAGUGUGGUAAUUGAAAGUCACGAUCAAAGCUCAGCGUCUUUGAAGAGCAGUGCUAGUAUGACCAUGGAUAUAACAAUGACAUCCCGGCGUAGCAGAAGUAGGCCAUUUACACAGCAGUUUUUGGAUAUGGAUAAAACUGGGGAAGGUGUACCGAAUCUGGGGAAGAUUUUGGACGGUUUAGAUGUGAUGAAUAUGUCGGGGAAAAUUUGUUGGAACCGAAUGUAGAUGAAGCGUUGAGAAUAUCGCCUCUGAAGGAGGUAGCUUUGUCAGAUAGGAACGACCGGUCCUUAAGAAGUCUUAAUAACAGUGCUGUAUCGGAAAAGAAUAACAUAUCAUUGAGGAGUCGUGAUGAUAGUGGUGUUU